AUGAAAAAUGAAACUGAAGACUUCUUAAUAGCAUUUCUGUUUGACAUUGUCUUCUUUGCAAUUUGUGUAUGUACAUGGAUGUAUUUGAGAAAGAAUCGAGAUGAAAAUAAAAUAAGUGAUAAUAUAUAUAUACUGAACAAUCAGAAUCGUGGAGAAGGGAAAGCAGAUAAGAGUGCUGCAAAUGUGAAGGAAGAAGAUGUUGGGAGAAGAAGGAAAGGUAACAGAUUCAGAACAUUUCUAAAUAUAAAAGAUGAUAAAAUUGUAAAUACAGAAAUAAAAUAUUAUUUAUUUUUCUUAAAAGCAAAUAGGAAUAUUAUAUUUUCUUUAUGUAUAUUGGGAACGUUUCUUGUAUUACCAUUAUAUUUGUCUCUCCCUCGAAAUGACAUAAAUAAUCCAUCGUUUUUUCAUUACAUAAGUGCUGGUAGCAUUUCAGACAUUAACAUUAUGACAAUUUUAUUUUUUAUUACUAUAAUUUAUAGUGCAAUCUCGUAUACAUUUAUUUAUUUAUUGUGGAAGAAAAUAAGACCAAGUAAAAAAAAAACCAAAAAAUUCUUACCUCAGAAUUUUACCAUUAUGGUUUCUCGUAUUGACAAAAAUGAAAUAAAUGCUUAUAAGAUAUAUCAAUACUUUUGCAAUCUGACAAAUAAUAAAGUUGUAUCAGCUUACCUCAUUUUGGAUUAUUCCAUUGUUUACCAUGAGCAGAAAAAGAUUUUUAAUGCCACGAAAAAUUUGAAACUCCUAAAAGAAAAUGAAGAAAAGAAAAAUAUUAAGAGGGAUUGGUCAAAGAGAUUUCUGCUAAGUUUUCUGAACAAGAGGAAGGGUCAAAAGAAUGAGAAAAAUGGAAACGGUAAUGAUGAAAAGGGAGAAAUAAAUGGAAAAAAUGGAAACGGUAGUGAUGGAGUAAGAAUGAAGAAUAACUCCUCCCAAGUAUCUCCUUUACAGUUAUGCGAUGCAAAUGGAAUGGAUUUGAAUGAUAGACCAAAUAAGGACUCAGAGAAAAUUUUAGAGGGGGAGAAAAAAAACGAUUUUUCUAUAAGUAAUCUCAAGACGAAGCAGAAUGGCCUUUCUCCAGAAUUUCUAUCACACUGUGGGAAUGAGAAUGUGAAUAAAAUGAAAAAUUCAAAACAGAAUGAAAAUAAAAAGAUAGAUCACUCUAAUCAGGGACGAGAGGAACACGAAAAUAUAAAUUCUGUACAUGAUAUGAAUGAUUCUAAUUUUAUGAGAAAUGAUACAAGUGGUGAGUAUGAUAACAAGCGACACUAUGAAUCCAAUGAGAACGAGAAAAAGAAAAUAAAUUGCUUAUUGGAUAACAUUGGCAGUGAUGAAAUUGAAAUUUCAAAAUAUAAUAUUGAAGGAGAAGCGUACUAUGGAAAAACAGGAGAUACAAUCGGAUUGGGAAUCACCACAAGCAGAAGUGACAAUGACGAAUGCAAGCUUAGACACAGAAAAUCAGGAAUGAGUGAAAAAGAAGAAGAAAAGAAUGAUGUGAAAUGUGAAAACUAUCGAGAAGGAGGAGCAGGUGGAGUAGGAGGAAAUCUAGUUGAUGAUGAACCAGGAAUUUUUCUAAAAGAUGAUACUACCGAUGAUGAAUAUGAUGGUGUAGCUGGUGGUGGUGGAGUUGAUGAUGGUGCAGCUGAUGAUGCUGUCCAGAGGAGAAAAAUAAGAAAAAAUAAAAACAAAAUUUCCAUUAAAAAUUAUGGAUAUAAACUAGAUAUUGAGAACGAUAAUUUAAUGAGCAAUAAUAAUGAAAUGUUAUUUUAUGAUUUGGAAAAUUUAUCAACAAAAGAAAAUGAUAAUCUUGAUAAGAAUUAUAAGAAAAAAAAAAAGAGUAGAUUCAAAUCAGAAUCGAAAAGAAAUAUAUUUCAUAAGUUAUUUUUCUUUUUAAAAAAAAAUAAAAAAAGUCACUGGAAGAAAAAAUUAAAAGAGCAUUUAAUUAAAUUCUAUUCUAUAAAAAAUGAAACCCCAAAAAAAUCUACAGGAGUAUGUUUUGUUUCUUUUAUCGACACAAAAUCAGUGCAUGAUUGUAUUCAUAAUAUACCAUUUACUGAAAGAAACAAAUGGAUUAUAUCGAAUGCGCCCCCAAAUUAUGAUAUUAUAUGGAAAAACUUAAAAAAUCACAGCUACAAAGUUUGUGCUAGGUUCAUAAUAUUGAAUGCUUUGCUACUACUGGCCAACACAAUUAUUAUUUUGACUGUCACAUCUAUUGACAAUAUUUUGAAGCUCAAGAUUAAGAAGUACCGUGAGGAGGAUCCCAGUUCUGGCAAUAUCAGUGCCAUAUUGAUAACAUGGCUAUCCCCUUUUAUUGUCAUCCUCGUGAAUAGUAUUAUACAACCAUUCCUAAUCGCUUGUGUUUCGAUUGCUAUUGGAUUUAUAAGAAAAUCUAGUGAACACACGUAUGUGUUACAAGGAAAUUUUAUCUUUUUAAUUUUAAACACAAUUAUUAUCCCAUUGUUAUCGUUGUCCCCAUUGAGUUCCUUGAUAAAGGUUAUGUACUCAGACGAAAUAGGACAAUGGUCAACUCGUUUGGGAACGUAUCUGUUUAAUUCCAGUGGAUUCUUUGCUAUGAGAUAUUUGCUUCAUUGCUGUUUUUUGACUUGUGCAAAUCAGUUGCUGCAGAUUCCACAAUUUUCAAUUCGAUCUAUUGUUAAAACUGUAACAAAAAAGGAAACAAGUGCAUGGACCUUUGACUUUGGAUAUUGGUAUGGAUUCAAUACAACAAUUUUGGCCUUGAUAUUAACAUUUAGUGUCGCCGUUCCUUUUAUCCUCCCGCUGGGCUCGCUGUACUUUUUUCUCCGUUACUACAUAGACAAAUAUAACCUCAUAUAUGAAGUAUGCAGAACGAAUUUGGACAGUCAUGGAGCUAUAAUAAGAACGGCCAUUAAGUUUAUGCUUUUUUCAGUGGCUUUUUUUCAACUCGUCAUGUUCACCUUCUUCUCGAGGGUGCAAAAUAAAUUCAUCUCGGUCGGAAGGAACAUCCUCUUUUUAUCGUCAUCCCUGACGACAUUAUUACUGUUAUGUCGAUCAACUGAAUGGGUAAGCACAAACCAUAUAAAGAAGAAGAAAGGGAAAAGAACAUUUUGUUACCUGUGUGAAAAGAAUGUCUAUGUAAGUAACUUGAAGGAUUUGAAUAAAUUGAAGUAUGCUUAUGCCAAUCCUUAUGAAACAAAACGAUGA